ACAUAAUAAUAAAAGUAGUACAAUAAAUCAAUUAAAAAUCUACCGUAAGCGCUUGCAUGAUGGUUUAAAAAAUGAAUUUAAGAUCAAAGAAUGUGUUCACCUUAUUCUUUCGAUCCUCAUUCGGGUUACCGUUAGGAACAUGGAUUGUUGUGUCAAUUGUUUACUACUGGUGGCUGAUAUCACGAAUAAAUGUCUUAGAGACACAAAACAAAGUGUUCAAAUCACAAUUAAAACUAUCCCAGAAUGUAAUGAGACAAAUAGAAACAGAUUCUACAUACAAAGUUCCAGAGAUUCCAGAUGAAGUUGGCACACUUUGUGAGACAGUACACAUAGCAUUAGUAUGUAUGGGCAAAUGUACUCGUAUUAUAAUGCCAAUGCUAAAAUCACUUCUACAACAUCGACAGAACCCGAUACAUUUUCAUUUCAUAGUAGACACAGCUGCGGGACAAACUAUAUCCAAAUUAUUUGAUACAUGGGAUUUACCAGACGUGAAAUAUUCAUGUUACAAUGCCCAAAACCGUCUAUCUCAAGUCCGUUGGGUACCGAACAGUCAUUAUUCAGGUAUCUAUGCAUUAGUGAAGUUAUUAUUCCCGGAUAUCUUACCAGAUACAUUACAGCAAGUUAUUGUAUUGGAUUCAGAUUUGACAUUUCUCUGUGAUAUAGCUGAACUGUGGAAUAUUUUUAAUAAUAUGACUGAGAAUCAGUUGUUUGGUUUAGUUGAAAAUGAAAGCAAUUGGUACUUUGAUACAGCAAAGAGAUGGCCGGCACUUGGUAGAGGUUAUAAUACUGGAGUAAUGUUGCUGGAUUUAAAUAAAAUACGUAAUAAAAUCAACUGGACGAAAGUAUGGCAUAGUGCGGUUAAUGAGAAUAUAGAACUAUUGAAACAGACAACUUUAGCGGACCAAGAUGUAAUAAAUGCGAUUAUUAAAAAGGAUCCAAUACUCGUUUAUAAUAUUAGCUGUCAAUAUAAUGUUCAAAUGUCAACGAAGACUUUAGCUAAAGGCUGUUACGGUGAAGAUAGAAAUAAUAUCAAGAUAAUCCAUUGGAAUUCUCCGAGUAAAUACAACAUCAGGAUACGAGAUGCGGACUAUUUUAAAAAUAUUCACUUAUCAUAUGUUAAUUUUGAUGGUAACUUGUUAAAACAGAAACUACAUACAUGCUCGCAAACUGAACCUGUUACAUAUAAGAUAAAUUAUUCAGAUCUAUGCAGCAGCUUCCGCGCUGCGCAACGAGUUAAGUUACGCACUCAUUUGUACUACAUGGAGUACACGUACGCUGACAUAGACAACUUUGACGUCACUCUAGUGUUGCAGCUGUCUAUGGAUAGACUACAGUUCCUAGAGCGAUUAGUCAAAUAUUGGGAAGGUCCGCUAAGUGCUGCCAUCUAUCUGUCAGACUGCGAGGUGACAAAAUUCGAAAGCUUUAUACGCGAUUGGUCGGAUACUCUUAGCAGUAGGAAGAAUAUUGGAUACCAUUUAGUUUUCAAACAUGAUGAUGUACAUUAUCCAGUGAACUAUCUUCGUAACGUAGCUUUGGAGAAUGUGAACACUCCAUACGUUUUCCUAAUGGACGUCGACUUUGUACCUAUGGCCGGACUUUACGAUCACUUGAGAGAUGCUGUUAAGAUUAUCAACCCUUAUGCACAGAAAAAGUGCCUGGUGGUAGCCGCGUUUGAGACGCAACGUUACCGUGCGUCUCCGCCCCGCAGUAAGGCCGCGUUGCGCGCUCGUCUCGCUAACGACGUGGCUCCCUUCAGAGCACGCGAGUGGCCGCGCGGACAUCGCGCUACUAAUUACACUAAAUGGAUAAAUGCUAACGCACCAUAUAAUGUCGAAUGGCAGUCAGACUACGAACCGUAUUUGGUAGUCCACCGUUCGGUUCCCAAAUACGAUACAAGAUUCUCCGGAUUCGGUUGGAAUAAAGUGUCUCACAGUGUAGAACUCCGCGCCCAGGGUUACCAAGCCGUGGUGCUGCCUGGCGCGUUCGUAGUACACACGCCUCAUGCUCCUUCACACGAUAUUACUGCCUUCCGCGCAGACCCGCACUAUCGUGUAUGUCUAGCGAUACUAAAGCAAGAGUUUAUGGACGACCUCAAAAGGAAGUACAACGUUACAUUUGAAGAACCAUCGAAACAAGAAUCAAUUUAUUUAGGACAAGCUAAAAGCUUACUUCAUAAUCAAAAGGAUAAAUUAUAAUAAUUUUAAAAUGAUAAGUAUCAAGAAAGUAAGUUUUCGCACGUAAAUAAAACAGAAAAGUAUCAAUUACUAAUAAAAAAUAUACAAUAGGAUAAAAAAAAAUCUAGUUUCAGAAAAAUGUCAUAAAAUUGAAAUGUGUGCUAGUUGAUAUAAUGCGAAAGUACAGAUGUAUGGACGUAUGGAUGGAUGAUUAUCAGCAGAUAAUUUCAAAAAACUAAAGAUAUCUGGAGGAAAUUAUUUCUAUCUGGAACUGCGUAUAGACAACUCAUUUUUUUCUUCACGAAGUAACAAAUCAAAUAAUAUUUCACACAUUACUUUUCCAACAAAUAUUACAAAUAAUA